UUUGUCAGACAUCGUGGCUAUAAAAUGGUUUGACAGACUCUGUGGAAGAAUUGACAAGAAUAACUUAUGUCUAUUUGGGGUGAUGGGGUUCAGUCAAGUGGCUGCAGUGCUGCUGUUGGUCGUGGUGUUUGGCUGUGUUAGUGAUGCUUGGAUGUCCAGAUGGUUUUAUCCAAGAUCGGGGUUUCUGCAUGACGAUGAAGUUUCAGCACAGUUUGACACUCAGAAGCGAGUGCAAGAAGACCCUGUGGGAGAGGACCCUGUGGGACAAGAACCUAGCGAGCCCGUUGUCGUUCCUGUGGGGCAGGAACCCGGCAUCGAAACUAGCCAGGCUGAAGACCCUGAGAGCUUCCAGUCCAAGCAGACAUUUGAGAACCCUCUGACUUGGCUCUAUCCUACGAUUGAGAAGCAUGUGCGCAAUUCUACAGCGUUUCAGCGGCUAAAGCAGGUGGCAGCCUACGGUGUGGUGGCCUGGUGUGGGAAAAGUCUGGUCCGUGUGGAGGUGAAACAGGAACUUCUGGGGAUUGGCCGGCUCGUCCAGCCAGAGCGUAUCACUCUAGGAGGCUGUGCUGCCAUUGAGGAGGAUGCUGAAGCUCUUGUGCUCACAUUUGAAUCAGAGCUGCAUGGCUGUGGCAGUGAGCUGACGAUGACUGAGGAUGUGCUGAUCUACACCUUCAGUCUUGUCUAUGAGCCAAAACCUCUUGCUAACAUUUCUAUAUUGAACACCAGUAAAGCUAUGGUUGAUAUUGAGUGCCACUACUUGAGGAAUCAUGAAGUAAGCAGCAAUUCCCUGAAGUAUGCUGUAGAACCUAGCAAUCCUGCGGGCCGAGAACCUAGCCAGGUUGUUAUAAAGCCUGUGGUAGAGCCUGUGGGCCGGGAACCUAGCAUAGAGCCUGUGGGCCAGGAACCUAGUGAGCAGCCUGUGGGCCAUGAUCCGGUUGGAAAGCCUGGACAGGAACAUAGCAAGCUUUUGGGUCUAGAAACUAGCAAGCCUGUGGGCCAGGCAGCUGGAGGGCAGCCUGUGGGCCAGGCAGCUGGAGGGCAGCCUGUGGGCCAGGCAGCUGGAGGGCAGCCUGUGGGCCAGGCAGCUGGAGGGCAGCCUGUGGGCCAGGCAGCUGGAGGGCAGCCUGUGGGCCAGGCAGCUGGAGGGCAGCCUGUGGGCCAGGCAGCUGGAGGGCAGCCUGUGGGCCAGGCAGCUGGAGGGCAGCCUGUGGGCCAGGCAGCUGGAGGGCAGCCUGUGGGCCAGGCAGCUGGAGGGCAGCCUGCUGGCGAGCCAUUGGGUAAGGAACCAAGUGAGAUUUUGGGUAAUGAACCGAGUGAGCAACCUGUGGGCCAGGAACCUAGUGAGCAGCCUGUGGGUCAGGAACCUAGCCAGCCUGUGGCCCAGGCCAGGAACCUGGAGCAUGACCCUGGAGAGCAGCCUGUGGGCCAAGAACCAAGCCAGCAGCCUGUGGGCCAGGAAACAAGCGAGCCUGUGGGCCAGGAACCUGGAGAGCAGCCUGUGAGCCAGGAACCUGUUGGAGAGCAUCCUGUUGGCGAGCCUUUGGGCCAAGAACCUAUUGAGCCUGUGGGCCAGUCACCUGUUGGAGAGGAGCCUGUGGGCCAUGAGCCUGUGGGCCAUGAACCUAGCGAGCCUGUGGGCUAUGAACUUGGAGAGAAACCUGUGGACCAAGAACCUAGUGAGCCUGUGGGCCAGCAACCUGUUGGAGAGGAGCCUGUGGGCCAUGAGCCUGUGGGCCAAGAACGUAGUGAGCCUGUGGGCCAUGAACCUAGUGAGCCUGUGGGAGAGCAGCCUGUGGGCCAGGAACCAAGUGAGAUUUUAGGUAAUGAACCUAGCGAGCAGCCUGUGGACCAGGAACCUAGCCAGCCUGUGGCCCAAGAGCCUGUGGGCCAUGAACCUGGAGAGAAGCCUGUGAGCCAGGAACUUGUUGGAGAGCAUCAUGUUGGCCAGCCUUUGGGCCAGGAAGCUAGCGAUCCUUUAGGCCAAGAGUCUAGUGACCAUGUUGGAGAGCCUGUUGGCCAAGUUUCUAGUGAGCCUUUGGACCAAGAACCUAGUGAGCAUGUAGGAGAGCCUGUGGGCCAGUCACCUGGUGAGCAGCCUGUUGGCUAUGAACCUGGAGAGCAACCUGUGGGCCAGGAACAAAGCCAGCAGCCUGUUGGCGAGCCUUUUGGCCAAGAACCUAGUGAGCAUGUUGGAGAGCUUGUGGGCCAUGAACCUGGAGAGCAGCAUGUGGGCCAGGAACCAAGCGAGCAGCCUGUGGCCCAAGAGCCUGUGGGCCAUGAACCUGUAGAGCAGCCUGUGAGCCAGCAGCCUGUUGGUGAGCCUUUGGGCCAAGAACCUAGUGAGCAUUUUGGAGAGCCUGUGGGCCAGCAACCUGUUGGGGAGCAGCCUGUGGGCCAGGAACCUAGCGAGCAGCCUGUGGGCCAGGAACCUAGCCACCCUGUGGCCCAAGAGCUUGUGGACCAUGAACCUGGAGAGCAGCCUGUGAGCCAGGAACCUGUUGGAGAGCAGCCUGUUGGCGAGCUUUUGGGCUAUGAACCUAGUGAGCAUGUAGGAGAGCCUGUGGGCCAGUCACCUGGUGAGCAGCCUGUUGGCUAUGAACCUGGAGAGCAACCUGUGGACCAAAAACCUAGUGAGCCUGUGGGCCAGCAACCUGUUGGAGAGGAGCCUGUGGGCCAGGAACAAAGCCAGCAGCCUGUUGGCGAGCCUUUUGGCCAAGAACCUAGUGAGCAUGUUGGAGAGCUUGUGGGCCAGGGACCUAGUGAGCCUGUGGGCCAGGGGCCUAGUGCGCAGCCUGUUGGCGAGCCAUUGGGUAAGGUACCUAGCGAGCAGCCUGUGGGCCAGGAAACUAGCGAGCAGCCUGUGGGUCAGGAACCUAGCCACCCUGUAGGUCAGGAACCUAGCCACCCUGUGGCCCAAGAGCCUGUGGACCAUGAACCUGGAGAGCAGCCUGUGAGCCAGGAACCUGUUGGAGAGCAUCCUGUUGGCGAGCCUUUGGGCCAAGAACCUAUUGAGCCUGUGGGCCAGUCACCUGUUGGAGAGGAGCCUGUGGGCCAUGAGCCUGUGGGCCAUGAACCUAGCGAGCCUGUGGGCUAUGAACUUGGAGAGCAACCUGUGGACCAAGAACCUAGUGAGCCUGUGGGCCAGCAACCUGUUGGAGAGGAGCCUGUGAGCCAUGAGCCUGUGGGCCAAGAACGUAGUGAGCCUGUGGGCCAUGAACCUAGUGAGCCUGUGGGAGAGCAGCCUGUGGGCCAGGAACCAAGUGAGAUUUUAGGUAAUGAACCUAGCGAGCAGCCUGUGGACCAGGAACCUAGCCAGCCUGUGGCCCAAGAGCCUGUGGGCCAUGAACCUGGAGAGAAGCCUGUGAGCCAGGAACUUGUUGGAGAGCAUCCUGUUGGCCAGCCUUUGGGCCAGGAAGCUAGCGAUCCUUUAGGCCAAGAGUCUAGUGACCAUGUUGGAGAGCCUGUUGGCCAAGUUUCUAGUGAGCCUGUGGGCCAGGAACAAAGCCAGCAGCCUGUUGGCGAGCCUUUGGACCAAGAACCUAGUGAGCAUGUAGGAGAGCCUGUGGGCCAGUCACCUGGUGAGCAGCCUGUUGGCUAUGAACCUGGAGAGCAACCUGUGGGCCAGGAACAAAGCCAGCAGCCUGUUGGCGAGCCUUUUGGCCAAGAACCUAGUGAGCAUGUUGGAGAGCUUGUGGGCCAUGAACCUGGAGAGCAGCAUGUGGGCCAGGAACCAAGCGAGCAGCCUGUGGCCCAAGAGCCUGUGGGCCAUGAACCUGUAGAGCAGCCUGUGAGCCAGCAGCCUGUUGGUGAGCCUUUGGGCCAAGAACCUAGUGAGCAUUUUGGAGAGCCUGUGGGCCAGCAACCUGUUGGGGAGCAGCCUGUGGGCCAGGAACCUAGCGAGCAGCCUGUGGGCCAGGAACCUAGCCACCCUGUGGCCCAAGAGCCUGUGGACCAUGAACCUGGAGAGCAGCCUGUGAGCCAGGAACCUGUUGGAGAGCAGCCUGUUGGCGAGCUUUUGGGCUAUGAACCUAGUGAGCAUGUAGGAGAGCCUGUGGGCCAGUCACCUGGUGAGCAGCCUGUUGGCUAUGAACCUGGAGAGCAACCUGUGGACCAAAAACCUAGUGAGCCUGUGGGCCAGCAACCUGUUGGAGAGGAGCCUGUGGGCCAGGAACAAAGCCAGCAGCCUGUUGGCGAGCCUUUUGGCCAAGAACCUAGUGAGCAUGUUGGAGAGCUUGUGGGCCAUGAACCUGGAGAGCAGCAUGUGGGCCAAGAACCAAGCCAGCAGCCUGUGGGCCAGGAACCAAGCGAGCAGCCUGUGGCCCAAGAGCCUGUGGGCCAUGAACCUGUAGAGCAGCCUGUGAGCCAGGAACCUGUUGGAGAGCAGCCUGUGGGUGAGCCUUUGGGCCAAGUGCCUAGUGAGCAUGUUGGGGAGCCUGUGGGCCAGCAUCCUGUUGGAGAGCAGCUUUUGGGCCAGGAACUUAGCCAGCAGUCUGUUGGUGAGCCUUUGGGCCAAGAACCUAGUGAGCAUUUUGGAGAGCCUGUGGGCCAGCAACCUGUUGGGGAGCAGCCUGUAUUCCAGGAACCUAGCGAGCAGCCUGUGGGCCAGGAUCCUGUUGGAUUGCCUUUGGGCCAGAAACCUAUCCAGGAUGAAGACCCUGAGAGCUCCCAGUCCAAGCAGGCGUCUGAGAACCCUUUGACUUGGAGCUAUCCUGAAGUUGCAAAGCCUGAGCACAGGCCUACUGUGUCUGAGCGGCUGAAGCAGGUGGCGGCCAACAGUGUGUCGGCUCAGUGUGGGGAGAGUGUGGUCCGGGUGCAGGUGAACCAGGACCUGCUGGGGAUUGGCCGGCUCAUACAGCCAGAGCGUAUCACUCUAGGAGGUUGUGCUGCCACUGAGGAGGACGCUGAAGCUCAUGUGAUCACCUUUGAAUCAGAGCUGCAUGGCUGUGGCAGUGAGCUGAAGAUGACUGAGGAUGUGCUGAUCUACACCUUCACGCUGGUCUAUGAGCCAAAACCUCUUGCUAACACUUCUAUAGUGAAAACCAGUGCAGCUAUGGUUGAUAUUGAGUGCCACUACUUGAGGAAUCACGAUGUGAGCAGCAAUGCCCUGAAGCCAACCUGGAUCCCCAACAUUUCCAACAUGGUGAAAGAGGAACUCCUCUACUUCUCCCUGAGGUUAAUGACUGCUGACUGGCAGUUUGAGAGGCCCUCCAACCAUUACUAUCUUGGUGACAUGAUCAACAUGGAAGCCUCGGUCAUGCCGUACCACCACGUUCCCCUCCGUGUCUUUGUGGACCGCUGUGUCGCCACCUUGGCGCCUAAUGUCCACACUGUCCCUAGAUAUUCUUUCAUUGAGGACCAUGGGUGUCUGGUUGAUGCCAAGUUGACCGGCUCCAGCUCCCAGUUCCUGUCCAGAUCCCAGGAUGACAAGAUCCAGUUUCAGCUGGAGUCCUUCAGGUUCCAACCACAGAUUGAUUCCCAACAGCUCUACAUAACAUGUCAUCUGAAAGCAUCUGCAGCCUCUUCCCCCAUUGAUGCUGAGAACAAGGCCUGCUCUUUCACAGAUGGCUGGAAGGCUGCUGGUGGGGAUGACCUGGUUUGUGGCUGCUGUGACUCCAGCUGUGCUGUGAGCAAGGCUAGAGAUCUGGACAGUGAUUUAGAUAUGCAGAAGGAAGGUGAAGCUACCUUGGGCCCUAUCAUGGUCCAUGAGUAAUAUUACAAGAAUCUUUCCUAUUUUUAACUUUUUGAGGAGAAUAAAUCUGUUACAAUAUUCA